AUGCUAAACGAAACAACCUCACCCUCUUCAUCUUCCUCUCCAGAAUCACCACCCUACUAUAAUCUUUCCUCAGAUACUAAACCAUCUGACCCUCACUCCCCAACUCUGGCUCAGCUCCAAACACAUGCCCUGGCCUCUCAACAGCCAACACAAUCCAUACCUGAACCAGAAGUCACCUCAUCACCCACAGAAGAACCAAACACAACCACAUCUGACCCUUUACCAUCUGAAACAAUUCACGCUGAAACACAACCACCCAACUCUAAUAUACCCCCACCAAAUACAUUCGCUGAACCACAAACUCCCACACUCAACCUAAGCCCUCCCACUUCUCCACCCCUAGCCUCUGAACCUGAAAACACCCUUCCAACCCUUGAGGAAGCAAUAACGGUGUUUGCAGAAGCUUCAGUUGAUAAGGUCAAGUCUCUGACCAUCAACUCUGGCAUCAGUGACGAUCCUUCCGCUGUAAGGACGCACUGGAACAGCGUGAUUAGUUGGAUGACCUUUGAAGCCUUUAAGCUGAAGGGCCUCUCUAUGCAAGUCCGCAACGACUUCAUCAGAGACGCUGAGAUCAGACUACAGCAGCGCCUAGCCAGGGAAGCUGAGGAGCGAGCACGCAAAGAAGCAGAAGAAAAAGCCAAGCAAGAAGAACUACAAAGGAUCAAGGAAGCUGAAGCCAAAGCUCUAGCUGAUGUCGUUGUUGCCGCUGAAGCUGAAGCACAAGCCAAAGCUGCCGCAGAAGCAGAAGCACGCCUAGAUGAAGAGUCUACCACCAGGGUAGAACAGGAUGCUCUGACUCAGGGGGAGUCCUUCACCUUUGUCCCUCUGGUUCUAAUGACUCUUGAGGAACUUCAGAAAGAACAACAGGAAGUCCGCGCCAGAUUGGAUCAACAAGACACAGAGAGUAGCUAG